AUGAGUGAACACGUGGAGGGAUUGCCGGAGGCGCUCGAUGAUGACGAUCACUCUUCCGCGUCUUCCGAGUCAAGCGAAGAAGAAGAUGUUCCUCCCCAGAGGACGGUCGCGGCGUCACUGCAACCUGGGUUUUUACAGGAUAUGAGCAUCACAAAUGAAUUUCACUCUGUUUCUGGCCUAGAAGCGGGGAGCCUGGAGGUUGGGCAGGUUUUCCUAGACAAGAAGUCUGCUUACCAAGCAAUUAAUAGGUAUGCAAUCGCCCUCCACCGCCAGCAAAAAGUGAAGCAGUCUGAUAAAAAAGAGUUGAAGGUCAUAUGCAUCCACACCGCGAAAGGUUGCCGCGGAAGAGUUCUCGCUAGACUGAAGCCUGGGGUGAUGGAAACGAUUGUGCAGGGAAGUCUCAACAUUAGUGUUAGGGCUUUGCAAAAAGAUGCAGAAGAUCAGAUUGGCUUCCCUGUCAGCUACAGCAAGGCUAGGCGUGCGAAGGAAAAUAUAUUCAAGAACUUGUAUGGAACCUAUGAGGAGGCCUAUUCUUAUGCCCCCAGAAUGCUUCAUCAGAUAGCAAGUGCUAAUAGGGGGACUCAAGUUUGGCGGAGAGAACGUCAGAACCCAAAGAACCCGGGUGAGCUAAUCCUUGACCGCUUAUUCUGGGCAUUCGCCCAGACUAUACAAGCCUUCAGGCACUGUCGCCCGGUAUUAUCAGUUGAUGGUACCUUUCUCACUGGAAAGUACAAGGGCACACUAUUGGUGACGAUUGCAGCAGAUGCAAAUAAUCUGCUUCUUCCUAUUGAAUACGCACCGGUCGAGAGCGAGAACAAAGAUAGCUGGUUGUGGUUCCUGAGCUGCGUGAAGAUGGGUGUCGUGAAAGAGCGUAUAGGUGUUUGCAUCAUCUCUGAUCGCAACACAGGAUUAUUAAGUGCUCUCAACAUAAUUAAGGAGUCGUCAGAAGAGUGGGGGUGGCCGGAUCUAGAGGGAAGGUGGUGCAUGCGGCAUUUGGCAGCAAACUUUUACUCCAAAUUCAAGAAUAAGGAUUGGUUCAAGUUAUUCAAGAGGAUGUGCAUGCACAAAACUGAAGCCAAAAUGAAUGCCAUCUGGGCAGGUAUCAAUGGUGAGAUCGAGCGCGCGGCCUUGCCGCAGAGAGAAGACCGGAGGGGUCGAAGGACGGCCAUAAAUUUGAGCUAG